UCCUAUGUUAGACUUACAACCCCCCCCUCACACACACACACCAGCUCAUCUUCUUUGCCAACACAAAGCUACCUCUGACUCAGUUCGUGGAGAGCAACCACAAGACGUUUGUUCACCUGUUCAUAGAGAACCCCGCAAAGCCCACGAUGUAUGAGCCCAUCCCCGCCCCCAUAUCAACACUGUACACUGUGGACCAGCUCUACAGUCAGAUCAACUUCACCGUCCACAGAUACUACCACCUGUCGGAUGAGGCGCUGGGGCAGUAUGGCUACUCCUGGCGGGACAGUAACCCUUUCACUGAUCUGAACGUUCUUCACAUGGAGAUUCUCCAGUUUGAUGACAGCUCCAUUAAUCCCACCACCAAGACCGCCCACUUUAGUCACGGAGAGCACUGGCAUCAGUAUGUCUUGAAUGAGGAUAUCAGCUCAGGGUUCUUGAACAAGUCUGAGUUGAAAAGUAACCUAACCAGUAUCCAGAAGAUGAAGAUAGCGUUUGACCUCAGCUCCAUUUAUGUCAGUCAACACACUGCUCCAAAGUGCUUUCUAUUUCAGAUUGAGAUCAUGAUAACCAACGACAUUGCCAGUGGAAAUAUGCCUGUGUGCAUGACGCUCAAGACCCAGCAGAGUGCCUGUCAUAACCACACCAAUGCCGAACCAAUUGUGAAUAACUGUAGUGCAAAAUUUUCAAGGCCCAUUGCUUUUUUGAGACGUAAAUUCACGAGAAUUAUGGUCAUAAGGUGGCGGUGAUAAGUACAACAUGAUCGGUCUUGAAGCUCUUGACAUCUUUGUCGGAAUAUUUGCGACCAUCUCCACCAUCAUGCACCUCCGUUCCCUAGUCAAGUCGGCCUACUUUGCCCAGAUAGUGCGGGCCUUCUUCCUCCAGAAGUUCAGCUACAGACUCAAGUGGAAGCACCUGAUGCCACUGUUCAAUCUCUGGUUCACGGGAGUCAUCCUUGGGAACUGCCUCGCCACCGUCGGAGCACUGCUCAGAUUGAUCAUCUUUUUUGAGCCGUCCACAGACUCAAUGAACAUGGUUGACAUUACCAGCAUCAUAGUGGGCCUGGCGGUGUUUGCCCAGUGGUGCGGAAUUCUCCGUUUUCUCAGCUAUUUCGACAAGUACAACAUGCUCCUGCUCACUCUGAGGCUCUCAAUUCCCCAGUGUGGUGAGGUUCUUUGUGUGUGCCGGGAUCCUCUACUUGGCCUUCCUCUUCUGUGGAUGGCUGGUCCUGGGAGCCUACCACCCUAAGUUUGUGGAUCCCAGCACGACCUCAGAGAACCUGUUUGCUCUCCUGAACGGAGACGACAUCUACAACACUUACCAGGAGAUGUCUAGAGCCUCCUUCUCUGCCUGGAUCUUCUCCAAGGUGUACCUGUAUACAUUCAUCUCCCUGUUCAUCUAUGUUGUGCUCAGUGUCUUCAUCUCUCUCAUCUCUGACACCUACGAGACACUCCACGGAACACUGGAACGUGAGGUCCAAGGGACUGCUGCUGGACUUGCAAUGGCCAGUUGGGCCGGGGUCCGUGCAGCUAGGGCCAGGGCCUACAGGGCACCGGGACUCCACUGACGAUGAGGAUAAGGACUACGAUAUGAUUAGGAACUUGCAGAGUCCUCGCGAUAAUGGAGCGAACAGAGGGAGAGAGGCAGCCUCUGCUGGGCAUGGGGUGGGAGGGUGUGUGGUAAACUGCCCUGCCCAUUCUCGAAUCACCUCGGUUUGCUCGUGCCAACCAGAGUGCAGAGUUCACCAUUGCGCGACCCUCCUUCACCAACACAAGACCCACCAGAAGUUCCUCUCCAUACUUGAAGACGGGACAGGUAGUACCCUCACACAUUGUAUGUAUAAUUAUAGCUCAUGUUAUAGAGCUUUUAUUAUUUCAAGUUUGUAUAGAUCGGUUAUACUAUCAUCCAUCUUCGUGG